AUGGGAAACCAUUCUGGAAAGCCGGCAGGACAUGGGCGAGUGAUCGAAUCGAAAUCGCAACAGACGCUCAUUCACAUCGAGGAACCUCAUAUACGACGAUCCAUUAGCGCAUUACCAUCAUUGCGAUUGCCGAGAAAAAGCAACAGUUGCGACGUCGUCGCAAAAGUUUCUCCAAGCGAAUCAUUCUCUUCAGCAUCCGAUCAACAGUUUGAUACUCUUACUAGAGACGACACCAAGGAAAACUCGUCUGACGAUUCGCCGUUGUCGAGGAGUCGUGCAUCUAGUUACAUUGACGCCACCACGCCUCGAACUCUGGUAAUACUUAGUGUGAAGCAUAUUGUUCACCAUAACGACAGUAAUGAAGAUGAAGUGAACGAAAAUUUCAAGACAGCUGUGAAAAGUUCGUCGACAAAGAGUGGGAAAGUGGCCGGUGCGGCUUCGAUACGAACACAACUGUCCAAAGAGAAAACUAUUUCUAAUAGUUCAAACGCUUUACCGGGAUUGGAUCCUCCUCUGGUGUCAUCGUCAUUAUCUCUGACCUCAGCUCAGAUACUCUUCAUACGAAAAACCUGGGCACAUGCUAGAAAUCACGGUGCUCUUGAGCCCGCAAUAAGUAUAUUCAGGAAUUCUUUUUUCAAGAAUCCGGAAAUCCGCUCAAUUAUGAUGCACGGUACGAAGAAUGCUGGACACGAGCGAUUAAAGGUAAGCUGCUACGAAAAACUUCGACAAAUAUGCUUGUAUGGCACACCUCCGCUGGGUCGCAUUGGCGCCAACACAACUUCCAUUCGUUUCUCUCUUGCGAAAUUGUUCAUAGUGGUGGUCUGCUCCGAACACGAUGACUUCCACGAGGCUCAUUCCGAAUUCCUAAACGCAUUCGCAUUUGUGAAUGCAGAUGGUCGACGUUAA